UUUCUACAUUUUCUAAAGAGGGAAGGGAUCAUCGCUCAACUACCUUGGGUAUAUUUUGGGAAUAGAGGUUCACUGACUAAACAACCACGAAUACACAAGGUACUGCUUGCGAAUUGCAACCACCUACCUAUUACAAACAAACUCCACUAACCUUUUCCGUAUGAACUGCUGAAUACUUAAACUAGAAACCACGGAAACCAUGGAAAAUAUUUUAAAUAUCCAUAAUGUUUGGUAGUACCUAAUCAACCUUAAUCAUUCGUUUUCGAUCAUGCUGGGUUCUAGAUUCUGGGCGCUGUCGCAGGUACGCGCACUCUCGUUUCAUCCGAUGAGACGCGACAUGAAGUGAAUACCGCAUAUGUCACAGAGAUCAUCAUGGCUUUUAUAUGGCCUUCGCGGGGUUUACAGUAAGUCCAUGACAUUGGGACCCCAUGUUGUAGGUCAUUCAAAUAUCUCCACCAUGCCUCGUUCCUGGCGAUUUUUCCGUUUGAUCAGCUUCGGUUCAUGAUUUUUAUUCUACUCAUUCGUAUUGCCGGUCAAUCUACGCUGUCAUAAUUUCAUCUCAUCUCAUCAAGAUGCUGUGCAAAUCUCUUCUCAUCCUAGCGGGUGCAUCCGCAACUCUGGCUUCCACUCCCAAAGGCUUCGAGCCUGGGUCGACGUCUACUCUGCUGGUUUCCUUUGGCAGUGUCGCCGCAGCAGAUGGAAAUGUCCUAGAACAAGCGGCAACUCAAACGGCACCAACCAUAGGAACACUGUCUAAGGUCGAAGGGACGUCGUUUGCGGUAUUGAUGAUCGACCUCGAUAUCCCGACGGAUAGCCCGCCGGAUACGAACACUCUGCUGCAUUGGAUGCAAACCGGCCUUACACAGAGUACGGCGGCGACACCAAUAAACAGUUCAACGGGAAGUACGGAUGCCUUCGUAUUCCAGAAUUCUCAAGGACAAGCAGCCUUCGCAGAAUAUAUCGGGCCGGCACCUCCCGCGAGGAUUCCGCUGUCUCAUCGAUAUACCCAAAUCCUAGUAGAUACGUCGGGCGCUACGGAAGCCAAUCUGAAUAUCCUCAAGGAUGCUGCUGCAACCCGGAUGGGUUUCGAUGCUUUGUCUGUCUUAACACAAGCUGGACUCGCAGACAAAGUUUUAGCCGGUAAUUUCUUCAACGUUACGAACCCUGGUCCGGUAACGUCCUCACGUUCAAAGAACUCUACGACUGGUAAUGGUAGUGCUGGCAGUACAGGAACUGGAUCUGUUAUAAAACCAACCCAGACACCGUUCGUUCCCAGUGCAGCCAUGGCGUAUAAAGCAAGCGGAAUGUUGUUAGGGAUCGCAAUGGCUGGCGCUAUGUUUAUUACUUUGUAGAGUAAAUGCAUACUGGAAAAAGGCGGUAUAGAAAGCAUCAGCAACCUAAAGAGAGACAUACAUACAACUUUCAAAGUCGGGCGCCGUUCACGUUUGCCGAUACCCCUGCUCUUGGAUCCGCGAAAAUCAUAGCAGUAAUGAAUGACUCGGGCAUAGUAGGCUCGGUGUUUCGGAAACGCAAGCAGCCAGAUCAUCCCGUCUAAGCUACUCGGGGAGAUGCCGAAAGUUCCAAAGACGCGCACAUACUUGACCCGCUGAGAAGCUCCAUGUAACAGUAAGCUCUACGUAUUAUUGCGGGUAAAUAACUACGCCCGGGGAAAUAAAGUUGUGUUAUGCCGAAUCCUGCGAUCGUGGGUUUAUCAUUUAAUAUAAUAUUUUCGUCCGGUAUCACUUACACUGUACCGACGAUCUUCGAUGAGACCAGGAACUGCCGCGGAG